AAAGAGAGAGAGCUUUCACCGAUUCAGCCGAUGGGAUGCGUUUUAUGCAAAGAAUCCACCGGAGACAAACGGAAACAUAAUAAUCCCGAUGAACCUCCUCCUCCGGGAGACGUCCGUAAGACGGAGGAGGAUUUACCUUCUUCUUCUUCAACCACCAUCGCCUUUGUUUCUGUACCGGAGGUAGUCGAAAUCGGGGAGAAGAAGAAGGGUUUAGAUUCGAUUCAGAUUCAGCCGCCGAGAACAUGGCACACUGGCGACUUCUCCGCCGGCUCUUCUCGCCGGCCGGGGAUGAGCCUCCGUACGCCGGAAGGAUGGCCACCGUGGCUAAUUUCUGCUUGCGGCGAUUCGAUCAAAGACUUAACACCUCGCAGAGCCACCACAUACGAAAAGCUCGAGAAGAUUGGACAAGGAACUUAUAGCAAUGUGUACAAGGCGAAAGAUUUAUUGACUGGGAAGAUUGUAGCUUUGAAGAAAGUUAGUCUCUACCUUGUUUUUGAGUAUAUGGAACAUGAUCUUUCUGGUCUUGCUGCUACUCAACGUCUCAAGUUUGAUCUUCCUCAGGUUAAAUGCUUUAUGAAGCAGCUACUAUCUGGAUUGGAGCAUUGCCAUAGUCGAGGAGUCUUACAUCGGGAUAUCAAAGAGUUACUUGCUGGCAAGCCCGUUAUGCCAGGAAGAACCGAGGUCGAACAACUUCAUAAGAUAUUCAAAUUAUGUGGCUCCCCUUCAGAUUCGUACUGGAAGAAGUACAGACUGCCAAACGCAACUCUUUUUAAGCCGCAACAUCCGUACAAACGUUGUGUAGCUGAAGCCUUCAAUGGUUUCACUCCAUCCUCUGUGCAUCUAGUUGAGACACUUCUUGCUAUAGACCCUGCUGAUCGAGGAACUUCUACCUCGGCAUUGAGUAGUGAAUUCUUUACUACUGAACCGUUACCUUGUGAUCCUUCAAGUUUACCAAAGUAUCCACCUUCCAAAGAACUGAAUGUAAAGCUGAGGGACGAAGAGGCAAGAAGGCAAAAGGGUCUUGCGGGAAAAGGUAGUGGUAUAGAUGGAGCUAGAAGAAUAAGGUAUCGUGGGGAUCGCACUGGACGAGCUAUUCCAGCUCCAGAAGCUAAUGCCGAGAGUCAAGCAAACUUAGAUAGAUGGAGAGCAAUAUCACAAACAAAUGGAAAGAGCAAGAGUGAGAAGUUUCCGCCUCCUCACCAGGACGGUGCAGUUGGGUACCCAUUGGAAGAUCAGUCAAAGAGAAGCUCAAUAUUUGGUGCAAAGGCUGAGACUUCUUUGGGGUUAUCGAGAUCAUUAAAGUCUGGGGAAGGGACAUCAAUGAGAAAGAUUUCAAACAAAGAUGGGGCUCGUGGGGCUUCUUCUAGAAAGUACAUAUGGGGACUUAAACCUCCUCCAGCGCUCGGGCUAUCGAUGGACUUACUUUUCAGGAGCAGAUCAGAAGUUUUUGGUAUCCGGAGAUAGGAUAGAUGAUUGAAAAAUGAGUUGAAGUUAUAUUAGUGCAUCAAAAUAAGAGAUUGGUUGAAGGAGUUCAAAUUCUUUGUAGCAGAAUAGAGAGAGUGCCCAAAUUGAAAAUAUGGUUUUGACUCUGAUGUAAAAACAUAAUUCAGGUAGCUUUAGAAUCCUACUUUUAAAUUGUAUAGUUGUUGAAUAGGAUUUUGAGGCUUCAAAGAGUGGUCUUGUGAUAAGAGUGUUGCAAAAAAAUUGUCGGUGAAUU